AUGAAUUCGUCGAACCCGACUUUGGGCAAGUCCCUGCCAGCAACAUCGAACCACCCCGCGUCGAACCAGGCCGGGCCGUCGACCACGAGCUUCGAAUCCACGCGUCGACCGACGCAGACCGGGACGUCGGCGCCCCAACCGAUGCCGAGAAAGGGGCAGGCCUCCAGAAAGCAGCACAAGAACCAGCGACGACCGAGCGGCGGGCUGAGGGCGAACACCGUCCUCGACGACUAUGACCAUAUGGCGGAAAUGCGGGCAGUCAGGAAUCCGUCCAGCCGUCGUGGCCAGACCUCCAUCACGCACCUGCUGAACUACACGGCUCCGCGAUCGUACCAGGAUCACGGCCAUCAUCAUCAUCCGAGAUCGUUCCGUCGAAACCCGACCUGGGGUCCCGGCUCGGGCUACCAUGCCGCCGACAAAGCGAGAUACGUCCAUGCCAACUACCGCUUCGUCGUCUCUCCCGAUGGCGUGUACAAGACACAUGCGGCCGACGCGGACUUGUACCUGGAGUGGACCAACAUCUUGCAAGUUAUCGCGUCUCCCGAGUCCCAGUCGGCAUCGUGCCCGAUCUGCCUCUCCGAGCCAGUGGCACCGCGCAUGGCCAAGUGCGGCCAUAUCUUCUGCCUCUCCUGCUUGAUCCGGUUCAUGAACUCAUCCAGCGAUGACGAUUCAAAGUCAGGCAAAGGAGCUCGAUGGAAGAGGUGCCCGAUAUGCGAGGACACCAUCUAUCUGCACGAGGUGCGACCCGUCCGUUUCUACGCCGGACAGGAGACGCCUCUGCCCAACGUCGGCGAUGAUGUCGUGCUGCGGCUCAUGGCACGCAAGGCCAACUCCACCUUGGCUCUGCCUUGGGAAGGCGGAGCAGAGGUUCUGAACGCCGGAGACGACGUUCCCUGGCACUUUGCGGCCAAUGUUUUGGAUUACGCUCGCAUCAUGAAGGGCACGACGGAAUAUAUGCACGGACAAUAUGAUGAGGAAAUUUCUGCCUUGACGCAGCAGGAAAGAGAAGACGAGCUCCUGUUUGGACAGGACAACGAGUGGACUCAGAAGGCCAUCAAGGCUGUUACUCAAGCCAAAGAGCGGACCGAGGGCCUGGCAAAUCCCGAAGCAGCGACAUCAAUCCCAGGCCCAAAGCCGUCAAAACAGCCUGGCGAGGCUGAUUUUUAUUUCUACAGCUCGCCGCCUCAUCUGUAUCUCUCGCCACUCGACAUACGGAUCCUGAAGACAAAGUACGGGGCCUUCUCCAACUUUCCGUCGACUCUGCUACCGAGAAUCGAGCAUAUCUCUACGGGGCACGUUGUGGACGAUGCGAUGCGCAAGCGUGCGAAAUAUCUUGGUCACCUCCCCCGCGGCUGUGUCGUCAGCUUCCUUGAGUGCGAUUGGACCGACAUUGUUCCCGCGGAGACACUGGCGUCGUUCAACGGAGAGAUCGAACGGCGUCGGAAGCGCAAUCGCGACAAGGCUGCUCAAGAGGAGCGCGAGCGUCAGCAGGCUGAGCGCAUAGAGGCUGCUGACCUCCGGCGAACCCUGGGUACGCCGAGGAUGAUGGAGCCAAUGGAGGAGGAUGUUCAGAAGCUGGACAUUUCGGAGUUCCAGCCGCUAUCUGUACACUCUGGUACGACUCCUCCCGACCCUCGUCCGGGGUUUGAGACGCUGGCGUCCAUGUCGACGAGCCCAUCCACGCAGCGAACAGUGUGGGGAACCCGUGCGCUGGCUGCGUCGCCCGAGCUGGAGCCAACACGGCCGAAUGUGGACGAUGGUUGGCUCAAGGACGAGGAGCUCCUGGGCACAGCCGAGCUGGCGAUGCAGCUCGAAGCCAUCGAUGCCGUAGAGCACGCCACCGCCGGCGGAGAAGCAAGCGUUGCGGGCGGUGGCGGUGGCAAGAAGGGCAAGAAGAAGAAGCAGAAGAUUACGCUUAUGAGCACGGGCGGCAGGAGAGGGAAUUGA